UAAAACAUAAUUAAAAAAAAAACAAAUGAGAUGCAAGAAAAAGGAAUACUGAACUUUUUUAUUUUUUUAUAAUCAAGUAAAGUUAUGUUAGUCAAUGUUAUUUUUUAUUAUUAUUUUAUAUUAUUAUUUUUAUUAUUAAGAAUGUUUUUGUGAUACUUUGCUAAACCUAACAUUUAUGUUACACUUGCUUGUUUGCACAAAAUAGUUGAAAUUCUUUGAAUUUCAAUGUGAUAUUUUUUUUAUACUAGUGGUGCUUAAUUUUAUUUUGUAAGUAUUUUAAUAUAAUUACAGAAAGUGAUAUAUUCUAUGAAUGUAAAAGGGAUAAAUCUAACAUAAAUUUCUACCAUUUGAUGCAAAAGGACUGUUUAUUGUUUAUAUUACGUGUUUGAGUGAUUUAUAUUGAUAAUUCAGAUUUUAUUAUUAGUUACUCAUUUUGUUUAUCACCAUCAAAACGUACAAAAUGAUUUGGAUUUUGUCCUUGUGUUUUUUGAUGUCUCUCACCUACGUCAGCCCUCAACCGGUUCGUUGUCAGGAAGACACGCAGUGCUCCAGUGGUUAUUACUGUGAGAUAGCAUUGAAUAUUUGCCGAGAAUGCAUUAACUGCGAAGAAUUGAAGCGCGAACCAUCAACCCGUUUUCCACCCAAUACUUGUAUCAAAUCUGUAGUCGACUGCGGUACGUGUAAGAAAGGGUUAGUGUUAGACCACGACGCUGAUAUAAGCGGCGAAUGCGUGAGGCCCGACGACCGAGAGGAGAGCGCCGUGUUGCCUCCUUACGUGUGGGCGCUGAUCGUCAUCGGGCUACUGUUGUUCGUCGUCAUCGUAUUCUACUUGCUGAGGCACAGGGAUAUGUUCAAGGUUUUAGCUUCGGCUCGCACUUCAGCGUCGGUGAGAUCUCAGUGCUACCGGGUUAACGCCACAGCCCCCGACUUCCCGCCGCCCUACAAUCCGGGAACCGACGAUCCAGGAUCCGGCACCCACGCAGCGUAUCCGCCCCUCACCAGCGUUGGACACGACGAAGAGCUAUCGCGUCCGUUCAUUAAGCCGGCCUGGCCGAACCCGCUUCAGGAACUGCGCGAGUCCGACAACAGACAGUCCUCUACGGUCUUCAAUCCGCCGGCCUACGAACAGUCCGAACCGCCUUCCGACACUAAUAACGAACAGGCUGACAAAGAGCCCGACCGUAUAUCGCUGCACGACGAAGACACGGUCGAGAGCCCGUGGACCCCGAACACAUCCAGUGCCAACAACAACAACAAUAACAACAAUACCGUAGUUGCUAAAAGCAGCCCGAACGAGAGUGCGGUUGUAUUGGCGGCGGCGGGCGCGAGCGGCUCGGGCGCGUCUUCUGCGGCGGGCGCGUCGGACGCGUCGGACGCGCCGCCUCCAGCCAAACUACGCCGGACUGUGCAGGAUCUGAUGAGUCGCAGCCGCGAGCCGAGCGCCGAGCCGGGCCGCGCGCACCCGCAGAUAACGCUCAACCUCCAGUGCAACAACAACAUGGUGUUCAACACCAUCGUCUGACGGUCAAGUCCACCAACCGAGCGUACAACUAGAUGCAGUUUUCUUUUUUCAAAAUAAACCGAUGGCAGCAAUUCCAGGCUGGGCAACCUGAAAAAUUGUGAUUUUUUUUUUAAAUUUCGGUGCUACACCUUCGGAAUAUUUGCUCAAUGUUCUAAUGUAGUUUUUAGUGUAGUUACUUUAGUUGCUCAUUAUACAAUAUUCGUGUGCCAUUUAUAUUUGGUCACAGCGUUACAUUAAUUAAGUUUAUUAGAUUAGUCAAUUUAAAGUUAAAAGUGCAUGCGCUUUUCGUUUUAAUAUAAUUGUUUUCUAGGCGAUGCACUUUGAUUAAUUUGUGUACUUUUAUUAUAUUUUAUUGUUUGCCUUACGAUUAACAAGUAUGAUUCUGUUCUUAUUUCGGUAAGUACUUACGGAGCGUGCGUUAACAUAUUUUAGCCAUGUUUUGCAUUUAAACAUUUUCUUCUUUUUUUUUUUUUAGUUUAGUUCUGUAGAAUACGAAUAUAAUAGUUUAUAAUAAUCUCGUUCUAAAUGUAGGUAGUAAACAAUUGUUCGAACAAAGGUAUUUUGUAAGUCUCUGAUUAGUAAAAUUGUAAAAAUGCAUAUCAAUCAACAAAUCAUAAUUUAAAAUGCGUUCAAGUUAUGAAAAGUUUAUGUAUUUUAAAUAAAUUAUUUACAUCAUCCUAUCUGCGAGUCUCAAAUGUCAUUACAACAAAAAAAAAAGGUAUAAAUAAACAAAAACAAAGUUAAAUAAGACAAUAUUGGAAAACGAUUUAAAACAUUUUAGUUAUAGUCGCCCUUCCUAAGUUAUGUAGGCUGUGUAGGUCGGGGUAAUAUUGAGCUCAAUUUUUACAUAAAUUUUAAUAAAAUUUUAUUGGCCCUAAAAACGAUUUAGAAGACACACAAAGAACUGGUGCUAUCCUACUAAAUUAGAAUGUCUGUUAAUCAAAUUGUCAUGUGUUUGGCAAACUAGCCGUAUUGUUUAGAUUGAAUACUCAUAAUUUAGUUAAUCUAUGAUUGUCAUAACUUUAGUUCAAUAUUAGUGUUCAUAGAUACAUAUUUAAUGAGAUAUCUAGUUAAAAUGUAUGGUUGGUGGUCUGGCACGAGAUCAUUUUGAGAGCGAAAUCUCAACCAGCGAGAUGUUUGCUCGGCAUAAGUCUCAGUGCGCAGUUGUAGACUUUAAAUCAGGACAUAAAAUUGUAUUGUCAUAAAAACUAUUGAAGCUUCAUGUUGCCACUCUACUGAAAUAUAAUAGUCGCAAUUAUUAAAUAUGAAAUUAUAUUUCGUUGUGAUUUUAAAAUAUUAUUAUUGCAUAUUAUGCAGGCAGCGGCUUGACUCUGCCCCUGGCAUUGCUGAAGUCCAUGGGCGACGGUAACCACUCACCAUCAGAUGGGCCGUGUGCUCGUCUGCCUACAAGGGCAAUAAAAAAAAAAUUACGAUGUUCCCAUCUACAACAGAGUUAUAGACUAUAGCAUUAUUUAACGACUUAUUUAUAUGAAUAAUAUUUCAACUUAAUGAAUAAGUCUCACAGUACACUUAUGCAACCAUAAUUCUAUACAGGAUUUCUAUAAACUAAUAUUCUAUCCGUUAGGUUAUCAAUUAUGAUUAUUUAUUAUAAUUUAGAAUUAUUGCUUUAAUAGUGAUGUGUGCAAGUCAGUUGAAAUAUUAUAUAACGUAUUUAUCAUUUGAUCACAAAUCUUAUGUUAAACACUAAAGGGAUCUCUGAUGUAUGUUUUAAAGGAAAAAAAAAACAUUUGUUAUCAGAUACACUCUUGUAGAAUUUCUUAGAUAAACUGAUGUUAGUUGUUUUUUCUUAAGUAAAUCGUGUUCUGGAACAUUGUUACUUUUUCUUGUAUAUCGAGAGAUGAAAGGCUAUUUGAUUUAAUCGACAUUUCGCUUAAUACGCGACAUUUAUCUUUGUAAUUAAAAUUUAGUUUUAUUUGAUAGUAGCGACCCGCCCUCGCUUCGCCUCGGAAACUGUAAUUUAUUAUUGAUUUCUCCACUAUUUAAUGGAUGUUAUUAUACAUAUAAACCUUCCUCUUCAAUCACUUUAUCUAUUAAAAAAACCGCAUCAAAAUCCGUUGCGUAGUUUUAAAUAUUUAAGCAUACAUAGGGACAGACAGAUAUAGGGACAGAGAAAGCGACUUUGUUUUAUACUAUGUAAUUACAGUACAGCUCGAUGUUUUUAAUUGAACUUCAAUUAAGUUUACCCCAUUCAAAUAGCUAAAGAAGUUUUUUUUGUUCUGAUAUAUUUUCCAAAUUUUAUACUUAAAAUGGCUCUCCGGUUAAGUUUAUAAAAAUGUUGCUUAAACCAAAUAGUCUUUUAGCCCUCGUUAUAUUAAACAGUGAAGGGAUCCUUUUAUUUGUUUUAAAGUUUAAAAAAAUCUUUUGUAGAAUCUGUUGUAAAAUCUGUUGUAGAAUUCCUUAGAUAAAUUAAUGUUAGUUUUUUUUUUUCUUUAAAGAAAAUCGUGAUCUGAAACAUUAUCACGUUUUCUUGUCUAUGAUAAUAUAAAACAAUGAUUUAUCAAUUGUCUAGACAAGGAUAAUGUGUACAAUUUUUCACAAACCUAAUUGUGUUCACGAAUGCUAGCAGCUGGUAGACUUAGACUAUAAGGCUAAGACGUAUAAGUGAUGCCGGGUAGCAAGGUUAAGCUGUCGUCUGCCUCGCUUCGUAAACAUAAACGUUAUUGCAUGAUUUCGUUCUCAAUUAUUCAGUAUUUUAAUUGUUAAUAUUUAAAAACGAAUUAUCUUAGAGCAACGUUAAAUGAAUGUUUAAAUUAAUUGUGUUCCAUUCUCAUUCGUGACGGUAAACGGUCGAAAUUUGAAAAAGAGAAAACAAAAUCGGAUAAAUGUAUUGUGAUAAAAAACUAUAUAAUUACUAUACACAUAUAUAUUUUGUUAUUUAAACUAUAAAAUAUAGAAGAUAAUACCUACUACAAAAUAAAAUUUGUAAUCUUUAUGUAUAAAAUUAUUUGGGCCUGUUUGUAGAGGCAACAAUGUUUCUAAACCUCGCAUAGCGUUUCGUUCGAUAUUAAUUUUCUAGUAGCUGUGAUGCACCUAUUAAGUUUUACACUUUAUUUUGUUGUAAAAAUUCUUAGUUACUAGUUGGUCGAACAUAGCGUAGGCUGACUAUACUAUACUAAUGUUGUGACUACAUUUUUGGGAGUCAUGGAACAGAGUUCACGAAUUGUUUGAGCUUGUCUUGGCCUUGUCACUGUGCCCCUGGCAUUAAAUUAUCAUCGUUCACUUGGAUUUCUUACUUUUAUGAUAAAAGGGUUCUUAGGCUUGAUUUUGGUCUAUCGGAAAGUUAAAGACUAUUUAUUCGGCUUAAGCGACAUUUAUCUUUGUAAUUAAAGAUGCGUUUUAUUUGAUAUUAGUAUCAACAGUUUGAUGUUUUUAUAUGCAAUAUGCAAUUUUGAAAAAGGGCACAUGUCGCAUAUUUUGUCAAAUACGUUUUUUCAUAUACAUGUAGUUUGAGGCUUACCUACACCCGUUUUAUAAUAAUUCCAGUAAUUUUCAAUUUCUAAUUAACACUAAAAUAUAUCUCAAAAGUUAAUAUUUUAAAUUUUACACUCCUUUAGAAAAUAAUCAGUUUUUUUUCAUUUCCUGAACAUUUUCAGAGAUGUGUCCUUUUCGAAAUUGCAUAUUCAAUUGAACUUCAAUUAAUUUUACUCCAUUCAAAUAGUUAAGAAGUUUUUUUGUUUUGAUAGUUUUUCCAAAUAUCAAACAGCUCUCCUGUAAAGUUGCAGAAAUCUCGUUUAAACCUAAUAGCCUUUCACCGAUCGAUAUCGUUAAACGCCUAACAGAAAAUACCAUUUCAAAAAAAACUUGUCGAAAACAGUUUCAGUUUACAUGGAGGGUAGAUGUAGAGUUCUGUCUCGUAUGGGAGAUAAGUUUAAGGAACAAAUUACACCUCUAAAACCCAUGUUUAAGGUUGUAAAUGGAGUUACGUGUGUGGAAAGUUGUAUUUAAUAACUUUUCACACGCUAUUUUUGAAAUCGGAUCAAUUGCUUUGGUGACGCCUAAUUGGUUGCUUUUUGACUGACACUUUUACAUACACAGAGAGUGUGCAUCUUAUCUCUACCUUCCUAAACAGUUUUAUAGGGAUAUAAUAGAAGAGUUGAUGCUUGGAGCUUUAGCAUCCUUUUUAUGUUAGUAAUUUUUUUAUUGCCAAUUUUAUCACGAAUGAAGAGACUUAAGAUUGGACUAAAUUACUUAUUACUUUUAAUUCACUAUAUAAAUCAAUUUCAACGUAAUUUACUUUUACGCCCUCGGCCUUUUUCGCGGUAAAGGUUCACCCGGACACGAAUGCGAGUUUAUUAGGUGCGAUUAUAAGAACUUCGAUGAUGGCCAGACUCUUAAUAAGUUUUUCCACGAUAAAGUGACACCAAGGCUUCCGAAUGAAUGUAGCCGCGCCAUAAGAAUAAAAUAAUAUGACUUAUAUAUAAGAGUUUAUUAAAAUUAAAAAUUUGUGCCAAGUAAUAUCUGUGUAAAUAGAAUUAAAAUAAUGUAUGUAGUAAGUCGAAGGUCAAAGGUGAAUCCUAAUUAGUUUUUUUAUUUCAAUAAAAAAGUCCUUUAAAAUUAAAAAUUUCGAUUGCAGCUCCACUGUCCAUGGCUUACUAUUAAUGAUUUUGACGAUUAGUCAAAGAAUGAAGGAAAGAUAUGAUUUUUAAUUUUUACUAUAAUAAUGUAAGAAAGAAUAAAGGGUUUUUACAAUAAAUAAAUAUUUAUAUUGUUUUAAUUUGGA